GUUCGUGGAGCUGCUGUCGGUGCUUUCUGCAUUCAGGAUCUCGUUGUUUCGCCUUUCUUCUUUUUCUGCUUCUUCUCGUCGGUUUUUUCUCCCCGCGGUUCCCCACUUGCGUCAUGACUUCUAGCUAUGCGCAUGUAAUGGACAGGCAAGCCUCGAUCAAACGCCUGGAGAGUCCGAUCACGUCUAACCUGGACAACCUGCAAGCCAAAAAGAACUUCUCGGUCAGCCACCUGUUGGAUCUGGAAGAGGCCGGGGAAAUGGUCGGCACUCAGCCGGACGGAGCGUCGGGGACGGGGAGGAGUAUGCUGGAGUCGCCGGGGUUGACCAGCGGCGACACGACCCAGCAGGAGAAUGAACAGAUGAACACGGAGGAGAAGAAGAAGAGGAAGCAGCGCAGGAACAGGACCACCUUCAACAGCAGCCAGCUCCAGGCUCUGGAGAGAGUGUUCGAGAGGACACACUACCCCGACGCCUUCGUCAGAGAGGACCUGGCCCGCCGGGUCAACCUCACCGAGGCCAGAGUCCAGGUUUGGUUUCAGAACAGGAGAGCUAAGUUCCGCAGGAACGAGCGCGCCAUGCUGGCCAGCAAAAACGCCUCGCUGCUCAAAUCUUACUCAGGAGAUGUGACGGCGGUGGAGCAGCCGAUCGUACCGCGCCCUGCACCACGCCCAAACGACUACCUGUCCUGGGGCAGCGCUGCUCCCUACAGCUGGUAUCCGAUGCCGGAGGGGGGGCCAGUGCGAGUGCCACAGAAAAUGCUGCCCUCAGAGAACAACGCCAUGGCCACCUACCCGCCCACCUGCUCCAACACCAACACGUCCCAGGGAAUGAACAUGGCCAACAGCAUCGCCAACCUGCGGCUCAAAGCCAAGGAGUACAGCUUGAACCAGGUGCCCACGGUCAACUGAGAGGAGGAGGAGAGGCUGGGGGCUCGCGCAGGAGGGGAGGGGACCCUCUUUGCCUGUGGACCCCUGUGGACGGACACCAUCUCUGGGAUGAGCACCAUCUCACAUACCCUGGAUCAUGAAGCCUCCUCUCCU